UCAUCAUAGCAUUCAGACAUUUACGUGACUAAGAACUAUGGCUAGAAAAAUUAAUUUAAUUUUUCUGCUUCUGGUUGCUUGCAUUAUUUUAAUGGUACCUCCUAACCUAUGCCAGGAUGAAUCUGACAGAGAAUUUUAUGAUUGCUUUAUGUUUCAAAUUUGCGACUGUGACAUGCUGGGUGAAUACGAGCAGUGUUGGUCUAUAUCCCCUACAUCGUUUCAAGAUCAUUCUCGUGGGACAAUGGCGGACUGCAGUUCUUUAGAGCCUGCAAGCAGUUCUAUGCAUGAUAUUGGAAAAGCGCUGUGUUCACAUGAUAGAGAUGAAGCGUACCCUUGUUUCAAACAAGUCGUUGAAGGUAUGAAACAAUACGAGAGUGAUUUGCUCAAGAGAUUUGAAGUGAAAACAAAACAACAAAUAGAUAGAGCAAAGGUCUGCAUUUUGCCUUAUCUAAUGAGGUGCGAAGAACAGGACCGCGAGUGCAUGCGAUAAGGUACAAGUGAGAAGAAGAAGUAUCUUUGGAAUCAAGAGUAUUUUCUUAAUUAUUGAUUAUUAAUAAUUUAGAAUUCUGAGUGCUGAAUAAAAUGUACCUAAAUUACAGGUCAUCAUUAAAAAGCUGCUUCAAAGGUUA